GUACAUCCAUGGGGUCGCCUUCCGUGUUGCACUGCCAUGUUUCUUUCAGAAGCCCAGAAUGGAAAAACCAAACACUGCCUCUAGAUAGGGUGUGUUGAAUUUUUUUGUUGCAAGUUUCACAGCCACCUUCAUUUCUCAUUCAUGCUUGGAAGGGGAGAGUGUAGGCGACGGAGUUGUGAUCUGGAACUACACCGCUAGAUGCCACUAAAUCCUACACACUGGACCUUUAAUUAACAACAUCGUACUGAAGCUGAGGUAGGACUGAUCAACUCAUCUUUUGACUAAAAAGAUUCAAAUUCAAUCAUUUGCCUGCAGCCUGAUUUCCCCAUCCAAGCAUGGAGUCUGGAAAAUUUUGAAUGUAGAAAAUUUGAAUGAAGCUUUAAGAUGCAGAGGGAGAGCGCAUUUCACUGCACCACACAUGACUGCAUUUGGUUCCACUUUGUUUUUAAAUUCUGUCCAUCUUUUCCUCAUCAUUUGUUAUGUUAAGUACACCACAAACUGACAUGAAAAGCAAAUUGAAGCCGAGCUAACACUAAGGUUCUUUGUGUUUAUUUUUACCACUCCACUUUAUAAAUGUAACUUUUAAAGCUUUAAUAUAGCAUGCUACUCAGAAGAUUAGAUCCAGUGAUUUCUGGUCCUUCCUCUGGUCUUAUUGCAUGAACAUUUUGAUGAGAUUUCAUUUAAUGCUGGAGAGGAGAAACUAAUGAAGUAUUAUUGAAUAGUUCAAGUAUUUCACAGUGAGAAAACACACUAGCAGUGAGGAUCUGUGGCUGCACAUGAUAGGAGAUAGAUGGAUCUUCUUUUUCUUCUUUUCAGAAGAUUGGGUCAAGUUUGUAUUUGUACUUCUACCACCUUCUUUAUAUUUUUCCUGAUACAUUACUGACUAGAUUUCCUUGAAAUGCAACACUUGGAAUUAAAUUUAUAAUAAUCCUUAACAUUCUAAUGAAAUCUAAUCCCAUUUUUGUGCUAUUUAUGACGUUUAUUUCUGCAAUAGCCAUUAAAUGUAUUUACAGUCUGUAAUUAAUUUCUUUAGAGUAGUUUUCAUUGUUUGUGGCGGAGUCUACCAUUCCCACCAUGGAUUCAUGGAAGUUUACAGCUUGCUGUAGUAUUAAACCACACUUAGGGUUAGUGUGGUAAGGACUGAUAUCUCAAGGAUUCCAACUUUAAGGUGAUAUGACUGAUUUGUGCCAGAGAGGAACUGAGACAUAUUAAGUGUCAGCAGGGUUACCGGUUAUUGUGACAAAAUGUACAAAAAGAUCAGCAUCACACCAAUUUUUAAUCCUACUUCUGUGUUCAUUUUCCACCACAAAUAUGAGGAGAUAACUUUUUAUUUUUUCAAACCUGAUUGGAAAAAAAAUGGAAAAUCUUCAAGCUGAAAUUUAAAGGUAAAUUCAAGUUAUUAUAAUUAAAUAAAACACAGUAAAAUCUGCUUGCAAGACUAACUUGGGACACUGGAGUGAUGUGGCAAAGUAGUACUGGUCAGUUGGAUGUGGCAAGGCGUGUCUAUGUUGGAGUGAGGUAUGUAGUCUAUAAGAGCAGAUUGAUUGCUCUGCACCAGCCACUGAUGACACCACGAACUGACCUGGCUACUGAAGGUAUUAUCUGCAACCAAACGCACUUUUGACUUGACGUGAAGACAGGAGCACUCAUGGGAAACAAGGACAGCCCUGAACUCACACUCUCCCUCCUGCUAAUGGCUGCUCUUUGUUUGGAGGCAUCCAUAAUAAGAAAGUCAACUUACUUUUCAUACAAGAAGAUGGACUGGACAGAGGCCAGACUGUACUGCCAGGAAAAUACAAAAGACAUGGCUAUCUUAAAGACAGCGAGAAGCCAGCUGACUGAGUUGUUGAGGGAAGAGAAUAUCAACCAAGUCUGGAUCGGUCUCCACAGAGACCCUGAGGAUGAGUCAGUCUGGAAGUGGAUAAAUGUAAAAACCGGAGAAGGGAUCUCAGGAGACGACUUGUCACAGAGCAGCAACUGGGCCAAUGGAUCACAGAACCGUCACUGUGUGUUUGUGUCAGAUGAGGAUCAAAUGUGGUACAGCACUAGUUGUUCAAGGGAAAAUGGUUUCUACUGCUCAGUACAAGACAAAGUUCAACAUCACAAAAUUGCCCUUAGCUGGUACAACGCUUCUCUUUACUGUCAGAAUAAUAGUAGUGAGCUAGCAACCAUCACAGAAAUAAACAGAGAUGGUAUUAAGAAAUAUGGUUGGAUUGGACUGUACCGAGACCCUGGUGAGGACUGGAGGUGGAUCGGGGACGUGCCAUCUGACUACAGAAACUGGGCACCAGGAGAGCCAAGCAAUGCAGACUGUGCCUCUUUUGACACUCUCACUGAAAAAUGGCAAAGCAAUGUGUGCUCCGAAAAGCUUAAUCCCCUCUGCAGCAUCGACAACCUGGUGGUGGUGAAUAUGAACAAGACAUGGGAGGAUGCCCUGAGCUACUGCCAGCAAAUGGAAACUCCGUGUGCGAGCUCCUCGGGGUCCUGCAGUAACAGAUACAACCUUGUGAGCCUGGAAUAUUUGUCUGACUUCAGCUAUGUCAAAGAGAGGAUCUACAGACUGGCCACGACCGAUGAGGUUUGGACGGGCCUGCGCUUCCUGGCAGGGAAGUGGUUGUGGGUGGACGGAGAGAGGCUGGUAGACCAUGGGAUGCUGCCAGACUGCCCGUCCCUGGACAAACACUGCGGGACCCUGUCCAAAUACGACACAAGCAACUGGAUCAUCAGGGACUGCUCAGAAAGAAGAAACUUCAUCUGCUACAAACAAAAAGUACUGCUAUCAGAGAAUGAAAAAAAAGAUAAAGAAAAAUAAUCCUAAAAGCUUGUCAGUGCUCUGUUAUUAAUAAUAUAUAUAUAUAUAUAUAUAUAUAUUAUUAUUGUUUUGUCUGUAGUUUAACAGGUUGAGCUCUCUCUACUAUAGGGCACUAUAUUCUAUAUUAAUAAGGUUUUGUUGUGAUUAUAGUCAUGAAUAGAUUGAUAACAGAUUAGAUACUCAGAAAUGUAUAUUUCUUGGUUGAUGGAGUGAGAAAUAAUAUUUCCACGCAGAAGAGUGACGAUGUAAUCUUUGACCUAAUGUUUUGUGGUAAAAGAAAAAAAAAACUUUUUCUAUUGUUCUUUGUGACAUUUCAUUCAUUACUGUGUAGUCUUCACUGUCGAAAUUCAAAUGGACAAAACAUAUUAUAGAUUGUCAGUUUAACCAGCUUUUCAUUUAAACUGUAAUUAUUGAAAUCAUUACUUGCUCCAGCUGGAUUCUUUCAGUGCUGUGUGCUCGCUGAUCAGCUGCUGGGUGUCAUUCUGUAGUUGAACAUUAAACAUUAUUUAAAGUUUCGGAUACAUGUAAAUGUUAAUGUCGGAAUAUUAUAGAAGUUUUGGUAAUAACAAGUAAUAAAGACAUUUAGCAAAAUUGUUUCAUGUGUUAAUAGGAUUAUAAGGGACUGUCUGGGUUUUUGCAACAGGGUUUGUCUCACAGUGUCCUUCCUUUAUGGUUGUUAGUUAUAAAGGUUAUCGUCAGACAUUUGAGACAUUUCCGUUCAAGAACCACCUGAAAGUAAUUGCAAAAGUAUGAGAAAAUCCAGACGUUUACAACGAAAUCUUCUGUAACAAACCUCCUGUUUC